AUGCUUCCGGAGGAGGAAGCUAAGGCCAUCAAUAUGGAUGACAUAUCAUGUUUCGAAGGAUGCCCAUUCAUCACCACUGCGUGGAGGUCUGAGGAUCCCAGUGUGAGAGUCAUGUUUGAUGCCUCUGGUAUAUUCGCAUUAACUCUCAUGAAACGUAACGCUCAGCUCCUUGAGGUGGACAUUGCCUCAAAUCAACUCACUGAUGCCUGCAUAAAUAGUCUCAUAGACCUCUUGGCGGCAUGUGAACGUCUCCAGUAUUUGGAUAUAUCUGCUAACUACUUCACGAUAGGAGUGACCUAUUUCAAGAUAAUGAAAGAUCUUGGUCACUGUGACGCUGAUGAGCCAGGAUCGUUGCUGGAUCUCACUGAGGAGAUUGCAUUGGCCAGAAAUCCUCCCAAGCAGAUGAGGCUUGCCAAGCUGUCAUUAUAA